AUGGAGAUUCACUGUAAGCACGACCCGUUUGCGGCAAUGCACAGGCAUGGUGGCGUGAACCAGCUCGGAGGUGUGUUCGUAAACGGCAGGCCCCUCCCCGACGUCGUGCGACAGCGAAUAGUGGAGCUCGCCCACCAAGGGGUUCGGCCCUGCGACAUCUCACGCCAGCUACGAGUCAGCCACGGAUGUGUCAGCAAGAUACUGGGCAGGUACUAUGAGACGGGCAGUAUCCGCCCCGGGGUGAUCGGGGGAUCCAAACCAAAGGUUGCUACACCCAAAGUGGUCGACAAGAUCGCCGAUUACAAACGCCAAAACCCCACCAUGUUUGCCUGGGAGAUCCGGGACAGGCUCCUGGCCGAGAGAGUGUGCGACAACGACAGCGUCCCCAGCGUCAGCUCCAUCAACAGGAUCAUUCGGACUAAGGUUCAGCAGCCGGGCCAGCCGGGCUCAGUGUCUUCUCACAGUUUAGGGACGUCGGUGGGGGCCACACAGGUCUCAGGAGUGACCAGCGACUCGGCCGGCUCCUCCUACUCCAUCAGUGGAAUUCUGGGUAUCAGUUCAGCCGCUGAUGUGGGCAAGAGGAAGAGGGACGAAGGUCUGCAGGAGUCACCGCUGGCCAACGGGCAUGGCCACAGUGGGCGGGACUUCCUCAGGAAGCAGAUGAGAGGGGAGCUGUUCUCACCGCAGCAGAUCGAGACGUCAGAUUAUUCGGCCAUGGCCUCACUAGCGGGCGGACUGGACGAGAUGAAGAACAGUUUGGCCAACCCUGGGGCGGGUGCAGAGUUAGGAGCCAGUGUCUCCGGUCCACAGUCCUAUUCUCUUGUUCCAGGUCGAGACAUAGGCAGCACCACUCUGCCAGGCUACCCUCCACAUGUUCCUCCCACUGGACAGGGCAGCUACUCCACCCCUUCCCUCACUGGGAUGGUACCUGGUGGAGAUUUUUCUGGAAGUCCAUAUUCCCACCCUCAGUAUUCCACAUACAAUGAAUCAUGGAGAUUUCCUAACCCCAGUUUAUUAGUGUUUCAGCAGGAUUAUGGGUCUCUCCUGGGGACGGAAAUCGGCUGCUCCUCCAGUCUCUUCACCAGCCAGGCAGGACAGAUGCAAGGAUCACCGUACUACUACAGUGCAACAUCACGGGGGGCGGGCCCUGCAGCCACGGCAACAGCCUCCGCCUACGACCGCCACUGA